UUCAUUUUGGAUUUAGAAUACAUGUAAUCAAUGUAUUAUUUUGCAUUUGAAUGUAAAGUUACAUGAGUGCAGGAUACAAAUAAUACUAUUGUUUGAAUUAUCGUAUCAGGAGAAUGAAAAGCUGUCUAUAUUGGUGAGUAUAGUGUAGAUGUGGGGAAAUCUAUUACUGAAUCAACAAAUCAAGGAAUUAUCGAUUUAGGUUGUCUGUUCUUUGUGAUAUCAUCAAUUUAACUUAUAUGUAAGCUACAGUAGGAAGAUUUUCUUCUCUUCUUCAAACAUUGACAGCACAUCUUUGCUAAAUCCCAGGACCAUGGAAAACUCUACUCACUUUAAGGUCUUUAGGCUUGCUGCAUACGGUGAUAUCGGACAAUUGAAGUAUUUCUACUUUGCUGUACUAACUGUAUUAUAUUUUGUCAUCAUUCUUGCCAAUGCUUUGCUUAUUGGAGUUAUCUGCAUUGAAAGAAGCCUUCAUGAACCCAUGUAUAUGUUUCUAUGUGCUUUGUUUGUUAAUCAGUUGUAUGGGAGCACUGCUUUGUUUCCUGCUCUCAUGUUUUACUUACUCUCUGACACACAUGAUAUUUCCCUUCUUUAUUGUUAUCUCCAGAUUUAUGUGUUGUACACAUGCGCUCUAACAGAAUUUAGUAAUUUAGCGGUUAUGUCCUAUGACAGGUACAUUUCUAUUUGUUAUCCUCUACGAUAUAUUAAUAUUAUGACACCAAAACUAAUUUGUGGCAUAAUUCUGUUGUCCUGGUUGACUUCUUUUUUCCUCAACGCCAUCAAUAUCUUCCUGAGUUUGCGACUGCAAUUCUGUGGUAACAUUCUAGACAGACUGUAUUGUGAUAACUACUCAGUAGUCAAGCUUGCCUGUUCAAAUACUAUGCUGAAUAACAUGUGGGGUCUUCUUGUCACUGUGGUUUAUCUUUCUUGUACUAUAAUUCCUACCAUAUACUCAUAUGUAAGAAUUUUACAAAUAUGUUUAAAGUCUUCAAAAGAGACGAAACGGAAAGCAUUUAACACUUGUACACCACAUAUAGCCUCUAUGCUGAACUUCUUCUUUGGCUGGUUAUUUGUGAUUAUACAAGGCAGAUAUGAAACUGCAGAUCUUCCACCUAUACUUCGCACUAUUUUAUUUGUUUAUUUUUUGAUAUGUCCACCAAUUUUCAACCCUCUAAUGUAUGGAGUUAGGAUUGUAAAAAUCAGGCAUGCUUGUAAAAAGGCCUGCAUGCUGAGCCCCCUCCUGUAUUCCCUCUUCACCUACGACUGCGUUCCUGUACACGGUUCCAACACCAUCGUCAGGUUUGCAGACGACACCACGGUGAAAACCAAGGAGCUCAUUGUGGAUUACAGGAAGUCUAAAAGUUGCAGCCCCGCCCAAGUUCUCAUUGAUGGCACUGAGGUGGAGCGUGUGCCCAGCUUCAAAUUCCUGGGUGUCUACAUCUCCAAGGACUUCUCCUGGACCCUCAACACCUCAACCCUGGUCAAAAAGGUGCAGCAGCGCCUGUACUUUUUGAGGAGGCUGAAGAAGGCCCCCCUGUCUCCCAAGAUCCUGGUCAACUUUUACCGCUAA